UGAUGUUAUGAAUGCUAAGCUAACUCACUGUGAGUUUCGUCUGCGAGGUUCGUUCGUGUGGCAAAUAAAAGAGAUGAAGUUUAAAUUCUGAGGCAUUGCCGAUUAUUUUGUUUUGUGUGUCGCGAGUUGGGUUUUGAGAACAAAGGAAAGGUCUACGAAAGAAGGGAGCCUCAUGCAGUCGCCUGCAGAGUCUGUAGAGAACGCCUCCAUCCUCUCUGAUGGAUCGGCACAGGACGGUCAUCGACUCUGGAUUGGCAACGUUGACCCCAAAAUCACAGAGUACCACCUAGUGAAGCUCCUAGAGAAGUUUGGUAAAGUGAAGCAGUUUGACUUUCUGUUCCACAAGUCGGGUCCUCUGGAAGGUCAGCCAAGAGGAUACUGCUUUGUCAACUUCCAGACAAAAGAGGAGGCUGAACGGGCCAUUCAACGUCUGAAUGGAAAGCUGGCACUUUCCAAGAAGUUAGUUGUACGCUGGGCUCAUGCACAGGUAAAGAGAUUUGAACCCUUUAAAGGAGACAAGAAUCUGCCUGCUAGUUUAGAGCCUUCAUCGAGUGAAACAGAGGAUCUGCCAACCACACUGAGUGUUAACGCAAAGAUACGCGCCAUUGAAGCCAAGCUGCAGAUGAUGGAAGAGAACCCAGAUGAUUAUUCUGGACCCUCAGCAUAUAUCUACAACAAACCUCCUGAAAAGAGGGACAAGAGGUCUCAACCGUACCACAAACAGCACCGCAAAUUCAGGAGAUGAUCUCUCCAAAACUGACCGGUGGUCCUCGCACUGAAUGGACCAACACUGGUGUGCACAUUGUGGACAGAGAUGUAUGGAGAUGAGCUGGUCCAAUCUCUUGCAGUGUGAGACUGUUAUGUAUUAUGAAAAAGUGUAACACUGUUUGUAGUGUUGUGCUGUUUCCAGGCCACAAUGGUGCUGUUACCGUGACUGACAUUUGACUCGUGUAAGCAGGAUCUAGCAACAAACAUUCUGAUGACAUGUUAUCUUUUAUAAAUAUUGAUGUGAGUCAUUUCAGUUUUUCCUGGGGUAAUAACAUCGAACUUUUGGAUCUUUUUGCAUUUUCAAACAUGUUUCACACACACUCUCUUGAUAUUCUCCAGAACGCAGCUCCUGUUGUUUGUGUUGAUUGUUUUUGUAUUCAACUGCCCCAUGUGGUUUCAUGCUGUGCUGCUUGUGGAAAUGUUGUUGUGUGUAGUGUGUGAGAAAAAAACCCUCUAAUUCAAUAGUUACAUUUUGCUACAGUUCUUUAGCUAAUAAUAUCUUACUUUAAUUUGCCUUUUUAUGUCUGAAUGAAAAGGGCUUAUCAGGUCUGCACAAGGCGACACAAAGUGUAUGUUUGGAAGAAGUGUAAAUAUUCAGGUAUUUUGAUAGAUUUUGCUCAUCAUGCCGAGUAGGAAAUAAAUCAAACGUACCUCAUAUAAAGUGAUCAAACUG